UGUUGGCCAGGACGGCACCGGUAUUCGGUGCAUGGAGGGAGGUGGUCAGUGCGUGCGCAGAGAAUUGAAUUGUCACACCAUACUGAAGCACCUCGACGACUGCCCCCACCCCAACGUGUGUUGUGCUGACACACCUUUCCAUCCAGAAAGGUUAGAGGGAAAGUCCAUCAGAGAGGAAGUCAGGACGUCGAGGCAAAGCAACUUGGAAAUAAAUGCUGGUCUGGGCAAGAGGAAAAGUAGCCGCAAGGACAGCUUUCUGGGAAAGAAUUCGGGUCAAGACAACAGAUUUUUUGGAAACAAAUCUUUAGAGAUUGAAAAGAACAAUAUUUUAAACAGGUAUAGGGGUUCUUUGAGUCAGCGUCAAGCCAGGAAAAAACUCAAGCACAAGACCACUUGGAGGGAGGAAAAGUUCCCCAAGCAAAAUGGGAAGAAAAACGGCAAGGACAACACCACUAGGAAAACUGGAAAACACACUGGUCAUGACGUAAUGAGCAAAAAGUUCAACUCUAAUGCAGAGAAUUUGACGCUUUUUAAGUACAAUAUCACUUCCAGUGGAGAGACUAACAAACUUUCCAAACAUAAGUUAAAGGGAAAGCUCAAACUUAACUCUAAUGACAAAAUACACAAGAUACAGAAACAAAAAAGAAAACGUAAGCUCACAUUCAGCGAGAAGAAAGACGACCUUUCAACAAGAAAACUAGAGAGAAAUCGCAAGACCAACUCUGCUGGAAAAGAUAAGAUCUGGAAAAGCCAAGUGAAGAAAAAUCGCAAGACCAAUUCUGCUGGAAAAAAUAAGCGCUCUAAAAGCAAACGGAAGAAAAAUAGCAAGACCAUUUCUGCAUUAAAAGAUAAGGUCUCUAAAAGGAAACGAACAAAAAAUCACAAGACCAAUAACGUUAGAAAAGAUAAGAUCUCUAAAAGCAAGCGGAAGAAAAAUCGUAAGACCAACUCUGCUGGAAAAAAUAAGAUCUCGAAAAGCCAAGUGAAGAAAGAUCGUAAGGCCAACUCUGCUGGAACAAAUAAGAGCUCUAGAAACAAACGGAAGAAAAAUCGCAAGACCAACUCUGCCGGAAGAAAUAGGGUCACUAAAAACAAACGGAAGAAAAAUAGCAAGACCAAUUCUACUGGAAAAAAUAGGGUCACUAAAAACAAACGGAAGAAAAAUCGCAAGACCAAUUCUACUGGAAAAAAUAGGGUCACUAAAAACAAACGGAAGAAAAAUAGCAAGACCAACUCUGCUGGAAGAAAUAGGGUCACUAAAAGCAAACGGAAAAAAAAUCGCAAGACCAAUUCUACUGGAAAAAAUAGGGUCACUAAAAACAAACGGAAGAAAAAUCGCAAGACCAAUUCUACUGGAAAAAAUAGGGUCACUAAAAACAAACGGAAGAAAAAUAGCAAGACCAAUUCUACUGGAAAAAAUAGGGUCACUAAAACAAACGGAAGAAAAAUGGCAAGACCAAUUCUACUGGAAAAAAUAGGGUCACUAAAAACAAACGGAAGAAAAAUCGCAAGACCAACUCUGCUGGGAGAAAUAGGGUCACUAAAAACAAACGGAAGAAAAAUCGCAAGACCAACUCUGCUGGGAGAAAUAGGGUCACUAAAAGCAAACGGAAAAAAAAUCGCAAGACCAAUUCUACUGGAAAAAUAGGGUCACUAAAAACAAACGGAAGAAAAAUCGCAAGACCAACUCUGCUGGAAAAAAUAUGAUUAAACUGAAGUUUGAAAAUUCUGGCAGAAAUGACAAGAUUUCUAAACGGGGGGAAGAGAAAGGGAAGAAAAGUCGUGGUUCUAGGAAAAGACUAAAGCUUUCUGCACACAGAAAUAAAGAUAAGUUGUCGCACCCAAGAGAUGAAGACACACGUCAACUUAAUUCCCAAGGUUGCAAGGAGAAGAAGAAAUGCAGAAAGAAGAGAGGAACUUGCAAGACUACUAAAUGUUCCAAGAAAGAAAAGGAGAUAAAGAAAGGUUGCAAAGGCAAGAAAUGCAAGUGUUGUGCUCCUAUUAAAGGUUGUAAGGAGAAGAAGAAAUGCAGAAAGAAGAAAGGAACUUGCAAGAUUACGAAAUGUUCCAAGAAAGAAAAGGAAAUAAAGAAGGGUUGUAAAGGCAAGAAAUGCAGGUGUUGUGCUCCUAUUAAAGGUUGUAAGGAGAAGAAGAAAUGCAGAAAGAAGAAAGGAACUUGCAAGAUUACGAAAUGUUCCAAGAAAGAAAAGGAAAUAAAGAAGGGUUGUAAAGGCAAGAAAUGCAGGUGUUGUGCUCCUAUUAAAGGUUGCAAGGAGAGGAAGAAAUGCCGAAAGAAGAGGGGCACUUGCAAGAUUAGGUUAUGUUCCAAAAAUGAAACCGAGAUCAAGAAAGGUUGCAAAGGCAAGGACUGCAGGUGCUGUGCUCCUUUUGAAGUCUGUGAGCCAGGAAGUACAUGUACCAUUAUGAACGGCACCUGCACAACCUCACAGUGCUUACCUAUUGAGCUGGAGAUCCCACAAGGGUGUACAGGCGACGGGUGUAGGUGCUGCGCCCCUAAAGUGUGUCAUCAAGAAAGUGUAUGUACCACUUGGAAUGGAACCUGCAGGACAUCGCAGUGUUCAGUAGAUGAGCAGGAGAUUGUACAGGGUUGUACAGGCGACGGGUGUAGGUGCUGCGCCUCUAAAGGUCCAGUGUGUCAGCCAGAGAGUACAUGUUCCAUUAUGAACGGCACCUGCACAACCUCACAGUGUUUACCUGUUGAGCAGGAGAUCCCACAAGGCUGUACAGGCGACGGAUGUAGGUGCUGCGCCCCUAAAGGUCCAGUGUGUCAGCCAGAGAGUACAUGUACCACCAAGAAAGGCACCUGCACAACAUCGCAGUGUUCAGCUGAUGAGCGGGAGAUCCCACAAGGCUGUACAGGCAUUGGGUGUAGGUGCUGUGCCCCUAAAGGUCCAGCCUGUCAGCAAGAGAGUUUAUGUACCACCAAGAAUGGCACCUGCAAAACAUCACUGUGUUCAACAAGUGAAGUAGAGAUUCCACAAGGUUGUACAGGCGAUGGGUGUAGGUGCUGCACCCCUAAAGUCUGUCAGUCAGAGAGUAUAUGCAGCAGCAAAAAUGGGACCUGCCACACAUCGGUAUGUUCAGCUGAGGAAAUAGAGAUCCUUCAAGGCUGUACAGGCGACGGGUGUAGGUGCUGUGCCCCUAAAGGUCCAGUGUGCCAGCCAGAGAGUUCAUGUACCACCAAGAAAGGCACCUGCACAACAUCGCACUGUUCAACAGGUGAAAUUGAAAUCCCACAAGGCUGUACAGGCGACGGGUGUAGGUGUUGCGCUCCUAGAGGUCCAGUGUGUCAGCUUGAGAGUACAUGUACCACCAAGAAAGGCACCUGCAGGACAUCGCAGUGUUCAACAGGUGAAAUGGAGAUCCCACAAGGCUGUACAGGCGACGGGUGUCGGUGCUGUGCCCCUAAAGAUCCAGGCAAAAUUUAA